AUGGUGGACCAGCAAGCGGUGGAGACGUUCCUUGAUAACAACCCGCAGGUUGCCAAGGCAUACUUUGAGAAGAAACUGAAGGCUGAUGUGAUAGGGGCUGCAUUCACAGAAAAGGUGGAGAUCAAAGACACAGCCUCUUUCAAGGAUGCUACCCAGAUUGUGGAGGCUGCAUUCAUUUAUGACCUUGUGAAAGAGUUGCAGGGCUCUGUCCCUAUGGAAAAGUCUUUGCAUAAAGUCCUGCAAAGAAUUGCCUUGCUGCUGAAGGCAGAUAGGUGCAGCUACUUCACCAGUAGAGCCCGGAAUGGUACUCCAGAGAUCUCCACCCUACUCUUUGAUAUUACGUCAAACUCUACUUAUGAGAAAAACCUGGUUCACCCUGAUGGAGAGAUUGUGUUUCCUCUUGACAUGGGGAUAGUUGGGAAGACAGCCACGUCAAAGAAGUUUUUCAAUGUUCCUGAUGUGAAACAGAACUCCAACUUUAGUGACUUUGUGGACAAGCAGACAGGAUACGUCACAAAGAAUGUUCUCACAGCUCCCAUUAUAAGUAACAAAGAAACUAUUGGUGUGGUGAUGGUCCUGAACAAGCAGGGAGCCAGUGAAUUUUCCAAAGCAGAUGAAGAUCUCUUCAAUAAGUAUAUGGCCUUUGCCAGUGUGGUUGUUCUUCAAGCCCAUACAGCCUACAUGCACAAUGUGGAAUCCAGAAAAAGUCAGGUGCUCUUGUGGUCAGCCAGCAAAGUGUUUGAAGAGCUCACAGAUAUUGAGAGGCAAUUUCACAAGGCUUUAUACACUGUCAGAAUUUACCUCAACUGUGAAAGAUACUCCGUAGGUCUACUGGACAUGACCAAAGAAAAGGAAUUCUUUGAUGAAUGGCCAAUCAAACUGGGAGAGCAGGAACCAUACAAGGGUCCAAAGACACCAGAUGGAAGGGAGGUGAACUUCUAUAAGAUCAUUGAUUAUCUCCUGGAAGACAAAGACAAAGAAGAGAUUAAAGUUAACCCCGCCCCAACACCUGAUCACUGGGCACUGGCCAGUGGCCUUCCAGCCUAUGUAGCAGAAAAUGGCUUUAUCUGUAAUAUGAUGAAUGCCCCUGCCGAUGAAUACUUCACCUUUCAGAAAGAAGCCAUAGAUGAAACUGGCUGGAAGAUCAAAAAUGUGCUCUCACUUCCAAUUGUCAACAAAAAGGAAGAAAUAGUGGGAGUUGCCACUUUCUUUAACAGAAAGGAUGGUAAGCCAUUUGAGGAGAAUGAUGAACAAAUUACAGAGGCACUCACUCAGUUCUUGGGAUGGUCAACACUGUGCACUGACACCUACGAUCGCUUAAACAGAAUGGAAUGGAGGAAGGACAUUUCUCAAGAGGUUCUCAUCCACCAGACCAAAGCCUCCCCUGCAGACGUGCAAACAAUCCUGAAUACAAAGGAGAAGCUUGACAGAACGCCUGAGGAAUGUGAUCAGAAGGAGAUGUACAAGCUUUUGAGGUCAAGGGUUCCUGAGUGUAAGGAUCAUGAACUACUGGAAUUCCGCUUCAGUGAUUUACCCUUGCAAGAAUUUGAUCUCAUCAAAUGUGGCGUCCGCUGUUUCUUUGAGUUGGGAGUUGUAGAGAAGUUCAAAGUUCCUGCGGAGAUCCUAACAAGGUGGAUGUACACAGUUAGGAAAGGCUAUCGUGACAUCACCUACCACAACUGGAGACAUGGGUUCAAUGUGGGUCAAACAAUGUUCACCCUCCUAAUGACUGGCAAGCUGAAGAAGUAUUACUCUGACCUAGAGGCCUUUGCCAUGGUUGCUGCUGGAUUUUGUCAUGAUAUUGAUCACAGAGGAACUAACAAUCUGUACCAAACAAAGAGCGCGUCUCCUCUGGCUAGACUGCAUGCUACAUCUGUGAUGGAGCGGCAUCACUUGGAGUUCAGCAAGCUCAUAAUGGAAGAUGAGAAUUUGAACAUCUUCCAGAACCUUCAGAAGCGCCAGUUUGAGACUGUACAACAUCUCUUUGAUGUAUGCAUCAUUGCCACAGAUCUGGCUCUCUACUUCAAGAAAAGGACCAUGUUCCAGAAGAUUGUUGAUGCCGUGGAGCCAAUGACUGAUGAAAAAGAAGCUAUCAAUUACAUCUCUAAUAAUGCGACAAGAAAGGAAAUUAUCAUGGCAAUGAUGAUGACUGCUUGUGACUUGUCUGCUAUUACUAAGCCAUGGGAGGUCCAAAGCAAGGUUGCUGUCAUGGUUGCAUCUGAAUUCUGGGAACAAGGAGACCUUGAAAGGACAGUGCUAGACCAACAGCCCAUUCCAAUGAUGGACAGAAACAAGGCUGACGAACUUCCCAAAAUGCAAUGUGGUUUCAUUGAUUUUGUGUGCGCAUUUGUGUAUAAGGAAUUUAAAAGAUUUCAUGCAGAAAUUUCACCGAUGUUCGACGGAAUGACCAUCAAUAGAACGGAGUGGAAGAAGCUGGCUGAUGUCCAUGAAGCGAAAGUCAAAGCUCUGGAAGAGGAACAGAAGAAAUUAGAGGGUGGUGGUGAGACUGCUGAUGGCGGGUUCUUGGAAAUGUGUCAAGCUGCUUAA